AAUGGAGAGUGCAGAGUCAUCAUUUGCAUCCAGCGCUGUGGAAGUGUUUUUAAAGUUAAUCAACAAAAUGAAUUCCAAAGAUUUACUGGAGAAUGUGUUGGAUCGCAUUAAGAAGAAGAUGUUCCAAACAGAGAAUUAUAAAGAGUUACUUCCCUUGGUUGUCCUCAUGGGAAGACUGGUGAAGACAUUUCCCCCAUUGUCAGAGAUUCUUUGUCAUGAAUAUGAGCCACUGUUGCACUGUUUGGUUAAUGGUCUGAGCUGUGUUGAUGAGGAGGUGCAGAGUAACAUUGUCUUCAUGUUUGUCUAUGUGCUAGUGGGACCAUGGGAAGCCAUCAUUCCUGUCAAUGUUCAACAUUCACUAGCACAGGAAGUGGUCUGUCUUCUACAUACAGCCAAGGCUCCUUACCUUCUUAGGAACCUCAUGGCCUUGUUGAACAGUUUGAUCAGCAGUGCAGAGGUGACUCACCUUCUGAUGACCUUGGACUUCAAUAACGUGACCCUUUUGACCUCUCUGAAAAAGCUAAUCAUCAGUAAGAAUGCUGAUGUUCAGAGGUCAGCACUAUAUGUCCUAUCAUGUAUUUUGUCACGGGAAAAUGAAGACUAUUGCAGAGCAGUUCUUAACUCGGAUAUUAUUGAGUUCAUGUUUGAAGCAUUGCAUAGUCAAAGUACUGACCAGUUAAAAUUUGUCCUGGACUGUGUGGAGCCUUUGUGUCAAUCAGAUUUAUUCUACUCCAAGUGUCAUGCAGUUUACGGGAUGGAAUCGGUAUUAUAUGCCUUGGAAAAUGUGCUGGAGAGGAAGAAUUUUGAGCUUUGUAGAGCUGCUUUUGAUAUCUUGGCAACUCUACUGACAAGGCAGCCCAACAACAUUCCUUUAUUCAUCAACAACCCCACUGUGGCCUCAUGUCUGCAGUUGAUUGGUCAAGGAAUUCAGGAGCAUCACCCAGAGGUCUUCUUCAGCAGUAUGCAGGCCCUGUGCGCAGUCAUCAAGAAAUCUCAUCUUCUUUUACCAAUUCCAUUCGAGGACUUGGAAAGAAUACUCAGUGUGAUGAUCAACAGACUGUUAAAAACUGACAUGACUCCAGGCCAAAUAAGCAUCAGGGACAGAAAAGCAGGAUUUACUUGUUUUGCACACAGUGAUCUGAAAGACCCCAUAGAAGUUGUUAUUCUUAUCUAUGUAGCAUGUAUCCAAUUGCUGGGGGAGUGCUGGGAUGACCCUUUGACCUGCGCCACAAGCUAUGUUUCACCAGACUCACAGCCCAAGGAAACCUCACUACAGCAGUUCAAGGAGUUCAUUGUCAACUCCUGUAUGGAAAAUGUUAUUCCGCUAGCAAUGGGAAAUGUGAACAGGGGAGGUCACCUCGUAACGUUUCGACAGCUCCAGAGAUUGUUGCUGGAUUUAUACAACACAGACAAUGCCAGGAGUAUCCAGGUCUUAGUGCAGAUGACCUCAGAUGGACUUCUGUCAAACAUCAUUAACAGGAGACAGGAAGGCCAUGAAAUGAUAGAGAUAGAGAACACAUUCCUAUUACAACUUUGUCAAGUUCUUCAUGAGGAUGACGCCCCAGACCUGCCAUUCCCUGAUUGGAUGAACAAUAGCAUUUUGAAUAUAAAAUAUAACCUUGAGGAAUACCAACAGAUGAUGACGCAACACUUGAAUGAGGGAACAAGGGACCUCUACAUUUUCCUUAUAUACCAUAUGUGCAGAUUAGAUGAUAUACCAUUGAGUGGACAGGAGAUCCUUGUCACCGUCAGUAGUUAUGUGGAGAGUAUAUAUGAUCAGUCACAAUUAUCUCCCCUGACAAAGAGACACCUGGUCUUCUUGUGGGCUUUUUCAGCUUCCCUUCUUCAAAACAACCUUGAAAAAAAGUGUGAUCCAGCCCUGUCCCUGGUACUGAGAACGGUGACUGAUGAACCCCCCGGUGUGUGGUACACUCAUCACUCUGCCUUUCUUUACUGGAUGUUCCUAGACUCUCAAGUCUGCAAGAAAGCUGGGCCUCAAAUUAUUGAGUGUUGGUUGAAUAACAUUGCUGUUGCUCAAGAGAAAUUUUCAGAUGAUUUUCUGGAAAAAUUGGGAGAAACCCAUGAUUUGUUUGAGAUGUUUGCUAACGCUGAAUUUACAGAAGCAUUUAUGAUGACAUUACUCUCAGAUUCCAAGGAAACAGCAUCUUUAUCUUAUCUAAUACUAAAGAAUUUUCUUGAAAAGAUAAUUGAGUCAGAGGUAUCAGAAAACUUUAUAGAAUGUGUGAGAGCCAAAGGGAGACAACUACUACUGGAGGAAUUUCUGAGAGAGAACCCGGGUCUUCAUGAUGACCACUUGACAAACAUCAUGUCUAUUUUCCUGAUGACCUACAAUGUUUUCCCUCCAACAGUGGAUGGUCAAGAUAUGAGGCUAUUUUAUCAUGUUUCCAAGUGGCUGUGUGAAAGUUCAUUAGAAAACUACCAGAUGACAGAGAUGUUUUUAAGAUUAAUCAUCUUAUACAUAGAAACUUCAGAUUCCCUUAACAGUAGUGUAUUGCCUAUGAUUAUGCAAAACCAAAACCUGUUGAUGAGACUAGAACAACUGAUGCAAUGGGAGGAAGAUGGGGUGGCUGGGUUAGCAUUCUGUGUCGCUGCUUACUUGAUGGAUUUUUCAGCCCAGAGCACACAGGCAACACCACCUUCAUUUGUAAAGAUGAAGGUAACAUUGUUUCCCUUGGAAAAGAGGCUGAAGGCCAGUUCUCCCAUCAUGCAGCAGUGUUACCUUCAGUUUUUGGCUACUUCCUUCCAGUAUAAAUUUGUCAGUAGUGUCAUCAAAUACACUACUGUAGGAAGAUGCACCUCUGAUUUCAAUUGCCCUCUGGUAUCUGCAGACAUCACCUGCCUGUUUUGUUACCUACAACAGUUUAUGGUGCAGGAAUGUGUGAAGACUAAACAAGUUGCUCUCUACUGUCUCCAAGCAUUGGUGGCUUAUCUCUCCACAGUUGAUCUCGAAUUGUAUCAUGAACUACUCACUCAUCCAUGGAAUACAGCUAUGUUGGAAGUCAUGGUUCAGAUGACAGAAGAUGAUGCAAUGUCUAUAUCUACAACCUUUGACAUGCUAAAUUUUAUUUUAUGUGAAAAAGUUGGUAGAAGAAUCUUGACAGAAUCAUUGGAAUUGAUGAUGACUUUGACUCUGUUCUUAAAGGAGCAGAAAGCAAAAUCUCUUGUGAACCUGCUUCACGAUCAAUGUAUUCAUCUUAUUGAAAAGUUUCUGCAAGUUGUUCCUAUCCAGUACAAGCAACAGAUCAAUGCUGCAAUUGAAACAGAGAAUGCAUAAACGAAGAUGGAAUCAACCUCGAUUUGUGUUGUCAAAUAUGGAAGAAUAAAGCAUCUAAAC